AUGAGUUAUGAUGAAAAGUUAGAAGUUAAUGGUGUUUGGCCAUCAAAAUCAGCAUUAAAAGCAGCAGUAAUUGCUAGUGGAGUAGCUAAUCCUAAUGAUAGACGAUAUUGGAAAGUAAUAAGAAGUUCAAAAGAAUACCUUUCAUUAACAUGUUGUUUUGCUAUUCAAUGUAAUUGUCCAGCUAUUUUACGUGCUUCAAGAAGUUCAAAGUUACCUGGUAGACCUUGGGUUGUUAGAGAAGUUUGUUUAAAACAUGGAAAUGGUUGUAAAGGAAAAACUCCAAAAAAAUUUUUUGGGACAGAUUUUAUUAAAUCAGUGUUACCACCAGAGUUACUUUUAGGAACAUCGACUGAGGUUGCUAAAUAUUUAGAAGAAAAGAGUGGACUUUCUGUUGCUCGAAGAACUAUUUCAAGACUUCAAAAAGGAAGUAAACCAAAAAUAGAAAGAGUAAGUCAAGUUGUAAUGGAAUUUCUUAGAAAAAAUCCAGGUUCUAGUGCUUCUAUUCAAGGUCAGAUGGUUAGAAUUGUUUUUGGAGUAAUUAAAAAUGCAUUACCAUAUCUUCAACAUUCAUUAAUAUCAUCUGACAUUUGUUUAAAUAAUGGAUAUCAUAUGGUAAUUAUUAGUGGUAUGGAUGGAGAAAGACAACCAUUACCAUUAUGUUUUGCACUUGCUUUACAAAAUAUUGAUGUAUGGGAAUUUGUUUAUGAAGGUUUACAUGAUAUUCUUGGAGAUAGACAAGAUUCAAUAACAAAAACUAUUUCUAAUAUUCAUUUAUCUAAUGAAUCUAUUUAUAAAUUUGAAUUAAAUGACUCUGACACAACUAUGACAAAAACACUUUGUAAUAUUAUUAAUACAAUUAGUUCUUUAUUUGAAUCAAGAAAACGUCAAAUACAAUUUACAAAUAGUAAAUUUGUAAAUUGGUUAAAUAAAGAUAUUGAAUGGAAAAUAGAAGGUGCUUCUCAAAUAGAAUGUUAUGGUGAAUUUCCUAUUUAUUAUACUAAAACUUCUGUUCCAAUUUGUAUUGAUUUAAAUAAGAAAACAUGUAGUUGUGGUGAAUUUCAAAGAACAGGAACUCCAUGCAUUCAUGCUGUAUCUGUUAUUCAUUACUUACUUCAUGAAGAUUAUGAACAAUUUGUUGAUCCUUGUUAUUUUGCAUCUUCAUUAAAAAAAACUUAUUUAUUAUCUCUCCUUCCAAUUUCUUUCUCUACUAUAAAACAAAAUGAAGAAAGAAAAAGAGUUUGUGAAGAGAGUUCUGAAGAUUUAUUAAUGAAAAGAAAAAUACAAUCACCAAUUACUUUUUCAAAUGAACUAAAUUUUAACUAA